GCAGCAGCAGAUGUGUGUCAUUUACUCUCUCUGUCUUUCUCUUCAUUAGUUCAGCAGCAGAAGAUCAUUUGGAGCUCAAAAAGAGCAGAUCUUCAUGACCAAAGUUAAGAUGUCGUGGCACUCCAUGUACAAAAGCUCCAAGUUCCGGCAUGUUUAUGGAAAAGCGGGAAGCAGGGAACAGUGUUAUGAGGGAAUUCCCAUCACUUACAGCGUCCAUGACAGCCACUUCUGUGCCGUUAACCCCAAAUUCCUCGCCGUGGUCACUGAGAGCGCGGGAGGAGGCGCGUUCCUCGUUAUCCCACUUCAUAAGCCGGGGAGAAUAGACCCUCAUCACCCAAAGGUCUGCGGCCACCAGGGCAGCGUGAUGGACAUCAGAUGGAGUCCGUUCAUGGACAACAUCAUCGCGUCCAGCUCCGAGGACUGUACGGUGAGAAUCUGGCAGAUUCCUGACGGCGGUCUGAGGAGGAACAUGACCGAAGCUCUGAUGAUCCUGAUUGGUCACAUCCGGAGGGCGGGGCUUAUCGAGUGGCAUCCCACCUGCAGCGGCAUCCUGCUCAGCGCCGGAUACGACUGCAAGAUUCUGAUCUGGAACCUGGAGGAGGGCGUGGCUGUGAAGAUGAUUGACAGCCAUCCAGACGUCAUCCUCUGUAUGUCCUUCAACACCGAUGGAAGUUUACUGGCCACCAGCUGUAAGGAUAAAAAACUGUGCAUUAUUGAUCCACGUUCAGGGAAAGUUCUUCAGGAAGCAGACUGUAAAAGCACCAGAGUGAACCGCGUGGUGUUUCUGGGUAAUCUGAAGCGUGUCCUCACCACGGGCGUCUCCAGGUGGAACACUAGACAGAUUGCAUUGUGGGAUCAGGAGGAUCUAUCCGCUCCCAUCACAGAGGAGGAGAUCGACGGGCUGUCCGGUGUCCUCUUCCCCUUCUAUGAUGCUGACACACACAUGCUUUAUCUGGCCGGGAAGGUGAGCCACUCUCCAGUAAAACAAUCUGAAGCAUGCAGAUCUGUGGCUUAUCUUACUGAAAUGGUCUCACAUCCACAGGGAGACGGAAACAUCAGGUACUACGAGGUGAGUCCUGAGAAACCCUUCCUGCAGUUCCUGAUGGAGUUCAGAUCGCCGGCUCCGCAGAAGGGUCUGGGUGUGAUGCCCAAACGCGGCGUGGAUGUGAGUGAGUGUGAGAUCUUCAGGUUUUAUAAGCUGGUGACUCUGAAAGGUCUGGUGGAGCCCAUCUCCAUGAUCGUCCCGCGCAGGUCUGAGACGUAUCAGGAGGAUAUUUUCCCGAUGACGGCGGGCACAGAAUCAGCCCUGUCGGCCGCUGAGUGGCUCAGUGGGAUUGACAGAGGGCCACUGCUGAUUUCUCUUAAAGAAGCUUAUAAACGUCCAAAUCCAGCAGGUCUCAGAGCAUCUAAACGGCUCCUGAAGAUGGUCUUCAAGCAGCAGGAUGAAAUUAGGAAACUCAAAGAUGAACUCGGAGAAAAAGACGAGAGAAUCCGACAACUGGAGCUGGAGCUCAAGAACCUGAGAAACACGUGA